AUGAACCUGCCAACAACUACAAAGGUAGAUGCAUCAAUUCUACGGAAGGUGUCAGACGGAGCAAACGAAAUUAUUCGCGGAUUGGAUGCAGUCAACCAGAUGGGACGCGAUUGCUGGAUCAUCUAUCUGAACCUGGAGAAACUUGACGCCGACACGCGGCGUAGGUGGAUUGAGCGCAGCAUGGACACAGAUUCCCCCACUCUCGAGGAAUUCUUCAAAUUUCUGGAUUCUCGUUGCGAGGAACUGGAACUGAGUAAAAGGGAGCUUGCGACUGGUAGCAAGACAACAACACAUGCAGAAAAACCAAAAAGGGUCACACAAUCGAUGGUUGCGAUCGAAGGCAAUGGCUGCAUCAAAUGUAAUUCAAAAGAACACACUCUGUAUAACUGUCAGCUGUUCUUGGAUAUGUCUGGAAUGCAGAGACGAUCCUUCGUAAAGGAGAAAUCACUGUGCUACAACUGCUUGCGACCUGGUCAUGGAGUCAGCAAGUGCAAGUCGACAUACAAAUGUAGGCAAUGCAAGGGAAACCAUCACUCCCUUCUACAUGUCCAAGCGAAUCCACAGGCUAUUGGGAAUCUUGCCCAGAUAGAAGGCGAGGACGAGCGAAACAUAGGUGCGUCCAACAACACUUCGGUGACUCUCAGUCAUUUCGCCCAAGGAGAGGGCACUCAAUCAGUUGUAUGUGCACAGGGCACUGCAAAAUCUACACAGGAAACGGAAAUUAAGCGAAGCAUUUUACCAACUGCCAUGGUUUAUGUUCAAAACGCAAAAGGUGACCUCGUAACAUGCCGUCUCUUAUUGGACACAGGCUCGGAGCUUUCCUACGUAUCCGAGCGUUGCAUUCAAGCUCUCGGAUUGACACGUUCGGCAUCACGCAUCUUGGUCACGGGAAUCUCUUCGGUGAAAGCAGACACGACAAGGGGAUGCAGCACCUUGCAUAUCAAGUCCCGUAUCUCCGAGGAUCAUUUGGUUGUCUACGCCCACGUCCUAGGCAGAAUUACUUCUUCGCUGGAACGCCAAAACAUCGAUGCAUCGGCACUCGAGGCAUUCAAGGAUCUGCAGUUGGCGGAUACAGAAUUCAACACAAACUCACCUGUUGACAUUCUAUUGGGAAGCGAACACGUAUGGUCGGUGUUUACAGGACGAAAGAUGUACGGCAACAAGGGUAAUCUUAUCGCCAUUUCUUCGGUGUUCGGAUGGGUAAUAACCUCACUCAUCACAUCAAAUCCAAGCAACGCUAUUGCACUGACUACAACAGUAGACAUAGACGCCACGCUUCAGAAGUUUUGGCAAUUGGAAAACGUUCAAAGCAGCGUAAAAUUGGAUCCGGAGGAUGAUCAGGUCGAGAAGCACUUUCUCGCCACUCACAGUCGCGAUGAAAACGGGAAGUAUAUCGUGGAUCUUCCAUUCAACACUGAAAGCCCCGAUUUCGGAGAAACUCUACAAGGAGCGCUCAAACGCUUUAAAUCGGUUGAGCGGCGGCUGCAACAGAACGAGCAGCUGCGUACACAGUACGUAUACUUUAUGCGGGAAUACACAAAUCUGGGGCACAUGCGAGAGGUGCCACCAGAAGAAAACGCUACUGGAAAUCAGUUUUAUCUACCACACCACCCAGUUCUGGGUCGGAAGCUACGAGUAGUUUUCGAUGGAUCUUUUCGUGACGCCAAUGGUAAGGCUUUAAAUGACACCCUGUUUACAGGUCCCAGUAUCCAGCGCGAUCUAUUCGCUGUGUGUCUUCGUUUUCGAAUGUACAAAUUUGCAUUCUCAGCGGAUAUCGUAAAAAUGUUCCGCCAGAUAUGGGUCAACGAAAAGCACAGAAACUUCCAGAAAAUCGUUUGGAGAGAAGAUCCAUCCGAUUCCAUCAAGCACUUCCAAUUGUGCACUAUAACCUACGGAACUUCAUGCGCACCAUUCCUGGCCGUGCGAGUGCUGGAACAACUUGCUGUAGAUCAUCAAGAGGAAUACCCAAAUGCGUCGAAAAUCCUGCUGUAG